AUGUCUAAUACAUAUAUUACAUAUAAAAAUGCAAAUAUGGAUGAACUGAAAAAACGUAUUCUCUUAGAUAUUAUUUUAGAUUCAUCUAUUGUACCGGUAUGUUUUAGUGGACAAUUAAUUCAUGGUUACGUUUAUCUAGAGACUAAAGAAGCUUUAAGUAUACAAAUUUUGCAAGUGGAACUACUUGGGAGAGGAGUUGUUGUCACACCAUACAAGAAGAUAUUCUCUUCUAAACAUUUUAUAAAGGGUUGGACAAAAGAGAGAAAAUCAUUACAACAAAACUUUCCGUCAUAUCAAGGCGUAGGUUGUGUUAUAUCGGGUAUAAAUGGACCAGUAGAUCCUGAAAUAUUACAAACACGUUUAAAAUGUAAAUCUAUGAAAGGAUUCAAUAAACUUAUACCGACAUUUCAAACUGUUAACGAAGAAAUUUAUUGUUCUAUGAAUUCAACUUUAAUUGGAGGAGGUAUCCCUGGAAGUUGUGAACUUAUUUUAGCUGGUAAACGAUACUUUCAAUUUGAAUUUGAAUUACCUGCAGCUUGUCCAUGCUCAUUUGUUGGUUCAAGAGGUAGUGUUGAAUACAGGCUAAGAGUUUAUCUAUUACUAUCGAAUGGGGAACAAUUAUGCGCGGAUAAAGGAUUAAAGGUUUUACGUAAAUCGAUCAUUAACAAAAUGAUGGUGAUUCCAAGUACAUUAGCUUGUCCUCCAAUUACCAGAAAUUAUGUGAGCAGUUUUGAUCAAUUCAUAUCAUCUGGCAGCAACACAGUGAAAUUUAAAAACUUAUCAAGAACAUGUUUACGAUUAUCAAAUUUAUGUAAAAAUGAAAUGGAAAAUAUUCUAGAUGAAUAUGAUAACAGUGAUGGAAAAUUAAUUGAGAAAAAUUCAGUGUUAGAUUCCACUUUUACAAACGAUUAUAUACCAGAUCAUUUAUCAUCAUUAGGUCAAAGUGCUUACUCUAACACUGAUCUAGAUGAUACGACAAAAUUAACUAAAUAUUCAUUGAGUUCUUGUUUAAAUGAUUCACAUCAAAGUAAUCCAUAUUUAAAUUCUAUGCAAUCAACAGAAGAUGAGAAUCAAUAUCUAAAUAAUGAAAAUGAUCGAAAUAAUAAUAGCAUGCAAUCAAUAUGUAAACCUCAUUUUAAUCGUGCUAUGAAAAUGAAAACGGCACUCUAUAAUUCAUUAAGUAAAACAACAUUAACUGUACAACGAUGCAGUGAUAAUCCAUAUCCAUUACCUUCUACAUGGAUUUCUCAAUCCUACGGUUCAUCCUAUGCAAUAUAUCCACGUACAUGUCUUGGUGCUCAAACAGGAUAUCCAAUUUCUUGCAGAUUAACUGUCAGUCAACGUCAACUUAAUCCAGGCAGUCGAUUGACAGCAUGUUUAAGUUUACUAGUGGAAGAUCCGUUCGCGCUUCUGAUAGCUCCAUCGCUCAAUGGUAUGUCGAGUGAUUUGAAUUGGUGUGCAAAAUUUAAUACAAAUAUUAAUUCAUGUAAAAAAGACUUAUGGAGUCCAUUGGCAAGAGCAUUUGUUUCGUAUUAUUUAGAAGAUUGUAUACGGCAAAAGUUUAGUAACGAGAGUCAACAACUUAGUGGUAUAUGGUGGUCAGGAUAUGUUAAACAACGACACAGAAUAUUUUUAGUACUACGCCAGGUAAUAACUUAUCGAGACUGGACUCACCGUGUUAUUGCUCAAGAGGAGAGAGAUGUUUACAGUGGCGAAAUGAGAAAGCGUCCUACGUCUGAAAAACAUUUAUUACGAGUUGCAUUAGAGCAUACAUUUCACUUGCCUUCGUUACCACCAACGGGUUUAGAAGGUUGUUCAUGUAUAGACAUUGCAUACAGUCUAGGACUGGUUAGUUUCAAACUGAAAAAAUUAAAACACCCAUUGAAGUUCACUAAAUGGGUUUUAGAGAAUGAUAUUGCUUCGGUUAAACCAGAUAAAUUUAUGGAAUUUGUUUAUAUGCAUGAAACAGGUAGCAGUAGCAAUGGUACAUAUGAAUUAAUGUCGAAGAAACCUCAAAUUAUUACAUUUCAACAGUGCAAACGAGGUAAAGAAAAGGAGUUUAAACGGUUUGCUCGUAUUCAUCACGAUCUUUUACUACCCAUUCCGAUUAUUAUUGGAACAAAUGAUCAACAAAUAGAGGCUUACAAUCAAAUGGAAUCACAACAAGCUGAGUGUCCGUUAAUGAGUUCAGUAUUUUUUAUGCAAUGGCCAAACAGUUUUCAAAUUGGAAGUUUACCACCGAUAUAUCAGUGCUCAACAGAUUAUUCGGAAACUUAUCAAGAUGGUAGUAUUCACACUGGUUAUGUAAGUCAGUUAUCAAAUACAAUCCAGGCGCAAUCACGAAAUGAAACUAUUAAACUGAGAAAAAGCAAUACUAUAAGUUUCUCCGAUGAGAAACAAAUCAUCUACGAUGAAGAUGAUGACAGCGUUGAAAAUUCUUCAGUCCUCAAUAAAGCGCACACUUCUUGUACAAUUUAUAGACCUACAGAAAAGUAUAACACAAAAGAUAGUAGUUCAAGAAUAAAUCUUUAUCCAAGGAUAAUUUAG